AUGUCCGAUUUCGUUGCCAAUUCUGGCUUUCUCAACGCUCACAUCAUGCCGGCUAGCGUCGCAUUCGAUACGAGUGCUUAUCCAGCUCCAAAUGCACCUUCCAGAGGACCUAAUCAUCAAUAUCAUAACGCGCGAUUCAUCCAAAACGCGUUUUCGGGUCUUAAUCUUCCUGAAGGCGACCUGAACCGUCGUCGCUUCUGCCUAAGCUCUAUCCUCAACUCUCCGUCUUGGCUGCUACAGAUUUCUCCUGUGACGACCACGCAAGCCCAGGACUUUGUAAUUCGGGCUGGUCGCCGGCGAGCCAUCUGUUGCUUUUGCCGUCGACGUGGCUUUCGCAUGUUCAUUAUCCGAUGCGCACGUAGGCAUCUCGCCUAA